AUCAGAUUCUUCAAUGAUUUAUAUGCUCAGUAAAAAAUCAAAACAAAAAUAAUAUGCAAUAGCUAUUGUGAUUUCUUCAGUAGAAGACAGUUUCUUUAUUGAUAAAAUCAUCUCUCUUAAUAUGGAUGCUAAAGAGCUUAAUGCAACACAAAAUAGUAGAAUUGUAAUUAAAGAAGAAAAAAUUGACCUCGAAAUUGAAUCAAGAUUAAGUUCUAUAAAUACAAAAAUUAAAAAAGAGAUUGACGAACCCCCCAUAAAUGAUGAACAGGAACAUAUAAAUGAUAACGAUGGUAAUAAUUCGAGUGGUACAGAAUAUAAUACAGACUCGGACAAAGAAGUGGACAAGAAAUCAAUAAUUCCUGCGAAGUCCUCAAAUGAGAUUCUGGCGGAGCUGUUUAGUGUUUUCAAUGCAGCACCACCAAAGGAGCUGCUCAACGAUGACAAUCUGUUGAAAAAAACUAAAAAAAGUAAAAAACAUAAGAAAGAGAAGAAGCGUAAGCACAGAAAGGCAAGUGAUGCGUCGGCGGAAAGUGAUAUCAGCGCUGAUGGAACCAACCUAACAAAUGGAAAGCAUAAACAUAAAAAACGAAAAAAACAUAAACACAAGGAUGAUAAGCACAAGGACAAAACUAAAGAAAAACAUCGGCGUGAUAAUUUAAAAGAUUGCAUCAAGGAGACGAAGCUUGAAAAAAAUGUAUAUAUUAAAGAAGAACCUGUAGAAGAAGACCAAGAAAUUAGCUCAAAAAAACGUAAAAUGCAAUCAAAUGAUGCAGAAUAUCCUAAGUCCAAGCAAGUAUGUAAAAAUGAACACAAUUCGCAUCACGUCAACAAUGACCAUCGGGAACGAGGAAAAAGCACACGAGAACGAGCACAUCAAAACGACGCUAGCAUUAAAACGGAACCAAUUGAAAAUAACAUCAGAUCUGUUGAACAGAACGGUCACAUAUCCGAAAUUUCACUUUCAGAUGAAGAAACUUAUUUAAGGGAGCGUCAACAUGUAAAUGAGAAGCUCAGCGUAAAGAACAACCGAAACAGAAACGAUUUCUUUAAAGGGUAUGAUAGACGUAGAAACCGAGAUCAUUACAACAGACGUGAUAAUAGGUCUUCACGGCAUAAUUACAGUAGGUCACGCAGUAGAUCUCGUUCACAUGAUCUAGGUAUUGAUAAGAAACGUCUGUUAGAAAUUGCACGAAAAAAUGCCAUAAGUAUGUUUAAACGAGGAAAUUUACCAGGAGCAGAUAAUAUGUCUCAAGAAAUCAAAGAUAAAGUGCUACUUAAAAUGCGUUACGGCGGUCGUACGGUACAAGAUCUGACUGAUUUCUGUAAAAAGAUUUCUAACGGAGAGAAUUUGUCUGAUUUGAGUUCUGACGAAGACUCUGACGUCGAUAAAAAUGGUAACACAAAAGCUUUCCAUCAUCCAUUUGAACUUAAAGAACGGGAACCUAUUGUGAUGCAUAUACGUAACGCUACUACGACAGUAUCUCGAAACACUACUGAAGAUAGCACCAAAGCCAUUACCAUGCAAUUUCCGGUAUCGUCUGGUCAGCAACAUAGGCUUAAAGAAACUUGGGUGCCAGUCGAAGUUAAAGACAAACUGGUACCACUUCCCGCUCUACCGGCCGUUAAUCAAACCACGAGUAUUUUCAGAAAUGUGAGAAAAAAUGUUUUUGAAAAGCCCGUGCCACAUGCGGAGCAAGAGCCAGCUUUUAUCUCUACUACCGUAAAUGUUUCCAAUACAAAUGAGCCAAGUAAAGUGCCUACAACGAAUGCUGUUGCAAUUAUAGCGCCGGUUAGUAAACCAAUCACUACUACGCCCAAUUGUCUACCUCCGACACCAAUUUUUAAUACUUCAGUUGCUCCGCCGACACAAAUCGUUACGCCUUUUGUGCCUGAUGUUCCCGUACCAUCUGCAAAUACUAGUACUUUUCAUGAUUCUGUUUUUCCACAACCGCCUCCAGAAACACUUGAUGUUUCAGCAAUCGUAACAAAAAGAUUAACUGCUAUGCGACGACUUCAAGAUAAUCCAAAAGAUCCAGAAGCACUCAAUAUGAUGUACAGUUCUCAAAAAGAAAUGUCAUCUUGGGCUUCCUCUAAGCAUAUGCCCGGACAAUUUACAGGCAGUACGGGUGCAAAUAUACUUAAAGCACACGAGUUACACACUGGACCACAGGUUUGGGCACGAAGAGAUCAGUUGAUAACAACACAACCAGUAACUGGAGGCAUGGGCAUGCAUUUGCUACAAAAAAUGGGUUGGAAACCUGGUGAAGGUUUGGGAAGAGAAAAAACGGGCUCGCUGCAACCAUUAUUGCUUGAUGUUAAACUGGACAAACGUGGUUUAGUAUCUAAAGAAGAUAAUAGUGGCACACGACGCUUGCAACCAAGCAAAAAACAAAAGUGCAAUAACAUAACACCGGGACAUAAUAAUAUCCAAAAUAAACAUCCUGUAUGUUUACUUAAUGAAGUAACAUCCAAACGUAAAUGGACACCUCCACUAUAUACAUUAGUCAGCGAACACGGACCUCCACAUAGCAGAAUGUUUAUGUACUCUGUACAGGUAAAUGGACAAAGUUUCAAACCUGAGAAAGCCUCUAACACGAAGAAAGAAGCUAAGAUGUACGCUGCUAAGUUCUGUUUACAAGAGUAUGGCAUGUUGCCACGCGAUGAAGUUUAAUGUGGUUUUCAGAUCCAUGUAAAAUGCACUUCUAUAAUAUGCAUAUAAAAUCUUUAUUUAUAUUUAAAAAUCAACUGAUAAAACUUCUGUGUUAAUGAUUUGUUGUAUAUAUUUUAAUAUUGUUUAACAAAAAUUGAAAUUAUUC